CGAUUUGCCUGAGGCGAUUUGGCCGCAGCAUUUUUCCCGAGGGUGUUCGACUCCACCAUUCGGACGCCCUCCGUAGGCAGGCUCCCCUGUGUUCUUUGAUUCACAGGAUGGAGAAGAGACCCCCCGCCUGCCCCAGGCAGGCCUGGAUGGAAGACAGCUCUUCCCAGGAGAGCCGCUCUCCAGGUCUGCAGCUUCCGUCCUCCUACGAGGUGACCACCAUGCAGCCCCUCAAGCUCGAUGCCAGCUGGUUGCCCAUCUACAAGGAGGAGCAGGAAGCUGUUGAUUCCAUCCUGGCCUUUGUCACCAGCCCCAACAAGGAGGAGAGAGACAAGGCCACAUUUCUUCGGAGCAUCUCCGUGCUGUGCAGAAGCGCCUUGAACCACGGCCUGACCCAGGGCCUGGAUUUGUUCUGUGACACGUACCAGCUGGCAGAGAACAUCAAGGCGCUGCUGGAAGAAGAGCCAAGGGACCAGCUGUGCACAGACCUUCGGCAUCUUUCCAUGCUGGCUCUGGAGAAAUUGAGCUUGGUGGACACAGCAAUGGAGGGCAAAGCCAAAAGCCUCCUCCGCGCGUGCUUCUCAAGUGUCUUCUGGCUGCCUGCAGAGAAGGAAAUGCCAAAAGCAGACCUUGCCCUCUAUAUCAAGACCCUGAACUCCAUGGACAGCAUGCUGAGGACAGUGGUGCUCAGCUUUCCUGCCUCUCGAGUCAGCGAGGAGCUGCAGGGCAUCUUGGAGCUGCUGCUGGACUUCACCAGAUGCGAGAGAGAGGCUGUGAGGGAGAGGGCCAUGGCAAGGAUCGAUGUGCUGGCCCGUGUGAUGUCCGACUAUUCCACUCUGCAGGCCAAUGCCAACGUCAGAAGAGGCACUGCUGGACCUGUCUGCUCUGGGGAGAUCCAGCUCCCGCUCCUAGGAAAGCUGCUGGGGCGUCUCAUCCUUUUCCGGUUCUCCGAGGAGCAGACAAGCUGUGCAGCUUUCCAUGCUCUUUUUGCCCUGGCUGAGUUCAUCUUCGAAUCCAGGCUAAAGGACAGAGCAGACCAAGUCCACUGGGAAGCCGUGACCUCCUCCGCGCUGUGUUCUCUGAGCGCCAGGGACUGUGCCAAGACCUUUGGAAAAUACCUGCAGUCCCACGAGAGGACGGAUGUCAUCCUCGUGGCCAUCGAGGCGUUGGGAGAUGCCAGCAUCCUCGACCAGCAGGUGCCCAGCAGCCUGCUGGAUGUGGCCUUGGAAGACCCGAACGUCUGGCUGACGGACGUGACUUGGGCCCCCCCAAGCCACCUCAAGGCAGCAGAGAGGAAUGGGAAGGGCAACUGA